UCGUUCAUCUGCAAUUAUUGUUACGGUCGUAGCAUAUCUUUCUGUUUUGCUGUCUGGCGUGUGCGCCCGAGAAUUAGUUGGCUGCGACGCGUGUUGUUCGCUGUGGAGCUUCCUGAUUCUGAAUCGGGUGUUGUGUCAAGCGUUCUGCGUUUCCAUUGGAUGAUUUAGCUCGCCGAUUGAUCCCCCGUGUAAGAUGCUGCGGUUAUAGCUUGGGCUUUGAUGUGAAUGCAGAUUCUAGUUGACUUCAUAGUUUCUGUGUACAAGCCAUGACGUCAUCAUGACAACCAUUAGAUGGAGACAAAUGUUGCUUGCAGACGGCUAAGUCAGUUAGUCAUUUCUGGGAUUGCACUCAUGGAUGAGUUUUAGUGCUUUCAGUGAAUUCGAUAAUCCAUCUGGUCAUUUAUGUGGCCUUUAUAUCUUCUACUAAACAAGAUUCUCAAGGCAGAAGAGGACGAGGAUAGCGUAGAAGUUCAAAAAUCGGUUGAGGGACACCCGAGUUCGGUUGAUGAUGGGUGCUAUAAGGAAGCGUUGCCUCGAGCACAAUUUAUUGAAGUGCCACAUGUAAAUCAGCUUUCUUCAUGGGAUUGUGGGCUUGCUUGUAUAUCGAUGGUUUUGAGAACUAUUGGCAUCAAAACUUGCAGUGUUGACACAUUAGCUGACCUGUGCUGUACAAACAGCAUAUGGACAGUUGAUCUGGCGUACCUAUUGCAGAAGUUCUCUGUUAAGUUUUCCUACUACACUGUGACAUUAGGUGCAAAUCCAGGUUACUCAGAUGAAUUUUAUUACAAGGAGCAAUUGCCCACAGAUGUAGUUCGAGUGAAUAAACUCUUUCACGAAGCUAUAGAAGCAGGAAUAUCUAUACAGUGCAGAUCAAUCAAUGAAGAACAGAUUUCACUGUUAAUUUUGUCUGGAAAAUAUGUUGCAAUUGCAUUGGUUGACCAGCAUAAAUUGAGUAGAUCGUGGCUAGAUGGUAUUUGUGCUUCUGGCUUGGGGGACAGCGAGUCUGGCUAUACAGGUCACUACAUUGUGAUAUGCGGCUAUGAUGCGGACAAAGAUGAGUUCGAGAUAAGAGAUCCUGCCAGUUCUAGGAAGCAAGAAAAAGUCACAUCAAGCUGCUUAGGGGAAGCCCGCAAAUCAUUCGGCACAGAUGAGGAUAUUCUUUUGGUAACCAAUCAAUUUUGUUGCGCAUUUUUACAUUUUGAAUAUGCUUGGAAUAGAGCAAGAAGUGCAAUAGCUCUACAGAAAAACUACAUUCUGCUCAUUACAAUGGCGGUCCUUGAUACUGGAGUAUGAGGAAUGCGAUCAGGUGCACCAGCUAUGGUAAACCUGAUUGUUGAUAAUGAGUAUUAUAGUGGAAUUACAUGUACAGAAAUAACUCCCUGGUUCACAUGCACAUUAUUACAUGCAUUCAUUUGUAUAUGCAUAUUCAUUUGCUGCUUGUACAUUGUUGUGUAUAUCCCCUUACUUUUCACAUUUACUUUACUCUGUGAUCCUGAGUACUUUUUAAUGGACAAAAUUGGGGAAAGAAAACUUUGGAACUGAA